AAAAACUCUACCGAAGAAUACGCUAUUCGAUUCGACUAUUUUUGUUACAGACUGUAUCAUUUCGGAGCUAUGGCUCCCAAUCUCCAUUGUUACCAUUCAUCAGCUCCCUUCAUUUCUCUCCAUUCAAAAUUUCUAGUUCUUCGCUCCGAUGCUUUGAAUCGAACUUCAAAACUCAGUUCAAACUCCCCAAAAAUCCUCACAAUUCGAUGCUCCGCGAACUCGAACAACCAAUUGACGCUUAGAACUUGCAGGAAUUGCAAGGCGCAAUUCGACCCCUCCCUCAAUCACCCACGAGCUUGUCGAUUUCACACUUCACAUUUUGGAGGUGAAACUAAGCGCAAGUUUGAAAGUGUACACUCAGGAGGAACAAUGGACACUCCAGACUCUGGCAAAGUUUUUCAAUACUGGCAUUGCUGUGGGUCCGAGGAUCCUUUUGAUCCGGGAUGUACUGCUUCUCCACACUCAUCAUACGACGAUGAUUAACACUGUCGGUCGUCAAUAAUUUCACCUAGUCCAAAAGGUAUACCAAAAGUUUUAUUGGUGGAAGAAGAAGCCUAGCUUUCCUGGACAAUGUAUAUUGUGAAAUAGUGGUGCUAACCAGGGCGGACGGAUUUAUUAAGAGGCCAGUAACAUGUGUCUCCCUCACAUUCUCGGUUUUUGUAUUUUAAUAUUAAUUUUGAAGUGUUGGAUUACAAUAUUAUAUUAAUUAAUGCUUCAUUUUUACUAAA